AUGUCUCUCGACCGUGGCGACCGGGCCACCGUCUCCACCUCCACGACGUUCACCGCACUAGGAUGGCCGUCCAUCACUGCCGAUCUUUUGAUCAAAACGGCCCUCGGACUGCGCGCAAAUGGCUUCCCUCCACCUCUCGACCGUUUUCUUGAUCCGUUUCAGUAUCAUCAGCACCAGCAGCCCUUCUUCACUUCACUAUACGACUACAACACAACUACACUCAUCAGCAAGCCUGUCUUACAUCCAACACAUCAAACAAUCUCCAUCAACCACAACAACCACCAAACAAAACUCACAACCUACACCUCACCUACCGCCAAUAUGCCCGCCCGUCAAGACGCCUACUCUGUCUCCAUCCCCACUUCUCCUCCUCCUCCCGCCAGCCUCAACGUCUACCAGCGCUCCAUGCACCAGCACACCAAGCGCCAGAUGGAACUCGCAAACCGCUCCUCCCACAGGCGAUCUGGCGAGCAUCGCGGUUCCGUCACCUCAAACAUGACGAACGGCAGCAUUAGUCCCGCUGAAUCCCAAUAG